AUGCAGGAUUUAAAUAAAUAAGACGAAACACAUAUUUACAGUGUUAAAGAAAUUUAUUCAAAUAAAUAGCAUAUAAGAUGCUUAAAAAUUGCCCCUACUGAUUUUUUUAGUUAUGGAAUAAAAGAAUUAACAUACUAAUUAGAUUAAUGCAUAGAUUUGAUUACUUUAAAGAUAGAUUUAAAUGCAGUCCAACUUGAUGAUAGUGGAUUAAUUUCUAUAUCAAGGGUAAUUGAUAAAUUCUAUAAAAAUAUUCAAACACUAACUUUAGAAAUAGAAAGGAAUGGUAUAGGUAAUGAAGGUAUGAACAUUUUAUGCGAGACCUUAAAAAAGUGUGAUAGUAUAAAAUUUCUAAAAUUAAAUUUGAGAAUAAAUAAGAUUAACGAUAAUUCAUUCAGGAAUUUAACUAACGCACUAAUGUAAAAAAAAAGUUUAUCCUACAUUAUCUUUGAUUUUAGAGCAAACAAUAUUGGAAUUGGAGGCCUUAAAUUUUUUAUAGAAAGUACAUACUUAAAUAAGAAUAUUCGAGUUUUCUAAAUAAAUACAUGGAUUAAGGAAACCUUUAAAAAUACAUUAAUCAAGAACAUAACUAAAAAGCAAAAAAGAAUUUACAAAAGACUUGUAUCAACAGAAAUAAUUAUUUGA